AUGAGUACGCCACGCUACAAGGCGGCGUUGAUCGGCUGCGGCAAUCGCAGCCGCAUGCACGUGCGUUCCUACGAGCACGUGCAGGACGCGGUGAUGACCGCCUGCUGCGACCUGAUCGAGGAGCGCCGUACCGGACACGCCGGCGAGUACGGCCUGACUCCGUAUGCCGACGCGGCGCAGAUGAUCGAGCGGGAGCGGCCCGACAUCGUCCAUGUAGUCACCCAGCCGGCGGACCGGGCGCCGCUCAUGCACCUGGUGGCGGAGCUGGGCGUGGCGGCGGCGGUGGUGGAGAAGCCGCUGGCGGCCCGUGUCACCGACUGGCGCUCGCUGGUGGAGUUGGAGCGCGGCUGCAGCACCAGGUUCACCGUGAGCCACCAGUUCCGCUGGCACGUCGAUCUGACCCGCUGCCGGGCGGCGCUGGAGUCGGGGCGCCUGGGCGCGGUCAAGUUCCUGGAGACCUCCUGCGGGAUGAACAUCUCCAAUCAGGGUACCCACGCCCUCAACUACAUGAUGUCGCUCAACCGCGACUCGCGGGUAAAGAUGGUAUUCGGCGCCGCCAGCGGGAUGAGCGGCAGCGAUCCGACCCACCCCGCGCCCGACACCAGCGUGGGCUACCUGCUGUUCGAGAACGGCGUGCGCGGCAUGUGGAACGCGGGCACGACCGCGCCGCUGAUCGGCGAUCCCGACACCACCUACCAGCACGUUCGGGUUGCGGCGUACGCGGAACGCGGGCGGGUGCUCUACGAGGAGUUCCGCGACUGGGAGAUCGUCGGACCCGACGGAAUCGAGCGCGGCAACGUCGGCGAUACGUGGGCCGCCAACAACGUGCUGGCGCAGGCCGCGCUGAGCCGUGCCACGCUGGACUGGCUGGAGGACCCGGCCGCGCUCCCCGGCACCAACCUCAACCAGUCGCUGCACGAGUAUCGGACCGUGCUCGCGCUGUACGCCAGCACGCUGCAGCGGCGUCCGGUCGAGAUGGCGUCGUUCGAGCCGGACGACGACCUGUUCGAGCAGCUUACCGCGGCGCUGAGUUGA